AUUUGUUGUAAUCUCAAUUAAGAUUAAAAAUCAUCUAAAACACCAAAAGAAGCAGAAAGAGAAUCUCAUUGUGCCAUACAUUUUGAGCGUUUGUGGUGUGAUUGAAUGGACCGUGGUACGCAUUGGCAGCCUAUUGGUGGCUGUGACAUAAAGGCGGGACUUACGGGACUUAUGCACUGUGUGAUUGGCUAGGUGGCGCAUGAUACGGAAAUAGUUGAGCUUGUGAUCUGCGAUUUACAAUAGAUCCAUGGUGCUGUGUUGUGUGCAUGUAACAAAGCCAAAAUAUGGAACAAAAUAACGACGGGAGCUUGGCCCAGGUCAGGCCAUGUUGUGUUGGUGCUGUCCGGAAAGGAGGUGUGGGCAAGAGCACCAUCACCACAGAAUUAGCACUAGGCCUCAGGCAUGCUGGGAAAAAAGUAGGCAUCCUGGACGUUGACCUGUGUGGCCCCAGUAUCCCCCGCAUGCUGAAUGUGAAUCAGACGGAUGUGCACCAGUGUGACUCAGGAUGGGUGCCCGUCUACACUGACGCCCAAAAGAGCCUCGCCCUCAUGUCCAUCGGCUUCCUGCUGGAGGACCCAGAUGAAGCAGUGGUGUGGAGGGGGCCCAAGAAAACAGCAAUGAUUGGCCAGUUUGUGUCGGAUGUAGCAUGGGGAGAGCUGGACGUGCUGCUUGUGGACACUCCACCGGGGACGUCCGACGAGCAUUUAGCGGUGCUGGAGAACCUUAAAAAACACAGAGUGGAUGGAGCCAUUUUGGUCACCACACCUCAGGCCGUAUCCACGGGGGAUGUGAGGAGAGAGAUCACCUUCUGUAAGAAGACAGGUGUACGGAUUCUGGGCGUCAUCGAGAACAUGAGUGGCUUUGUCUGUCCACACUGCUCCGAGUGCAGCAAUAUAUUCUCAAAAGGUGGCGGCGAAGAUUUAGCCAAGCUGACCGGAUCAACAUUCCUAGGUUCUGUGCCCUUGGAUCCUGCGCUCAGCAGCAGUAUAGAGGAGGGCAAAGAUUUCAUGCAGUCAUUCCCCGACAGCGCCACCUUCAGUUCCAUCAGCAGCAUCUGUCAGACUCUGCUCAACAGCCUCCAAACAGCUUGAGCCAUGAAUGUUUUUGCUUAAGUCUGCAUUGUGUUCACACAUGAAGAAAUAUUAGUAAUUAUGCAGAUGUAAUUUUUUUUUUAUGUUGCAUUGUUCUGUACAGAUAAACACAAUAUAAAUGUAUUUACUGAUCUUGUUUUAUAUCUUAUUAAAAAUAACUGUCUGCAAACAGUGCAAGAGGCUGUGUGUGCCAUAAUCUUUCAGUGCUGCAGCUGACUUCUGGAGGCAUCAACCAUGGUGUGAAGAUUACCAGCUCUCGUCGCAGUUUUACAGGAAGCGGAAUAUACUGUAAAACGGCAACUCAGCUAAUCUGCAGCAAAUUUAGGGCCAUCAUUUUGUCAAAAAUGCCAAGUCAUGCUGCCUGUGUAACACUCACAAUGUGCCACAGUAAAAUAUACAGCACUGCGUUUGGAAGCCAGUCAAAAUCUAAGAUGGAAUCUUCUUUAAUUCGAUUGUGACAGACAUGUCGACACAUCAGGAUAACUUCAAUAUCAGUGGUAAUACAGGAUUGUAGAUUGGCGCCUUAGUAAAAUGCAUCAGCAGCAGUUCCAUUUUCAGAAAACAAACUCCAGAUCAAAUUAGACCAGUCCAGCGCAAAAGUAGGCCAAA